GUUUAAUGUCACCCUUGUCAAGAAAAGUUAUUAAAUAAAUUUUAACAAAUAAAUAUGUUAGAUAAAGUAAAAAACAUUAUUUUAGUUUUAUCUGGUAAAGGGGGUGUUGGUAAAUCAACCGUAAGCACUCAAUUAGCUUUGACUUUGAAAGAGAGAGGUUAUAAAGUGGGGUUGUUAGACAUCGAUUUAUGCGGUCCAAGCAUUCCAUAUUUACUCCAAUUAGAAGAUAAGGACGUUCAUCAAUGCCCAGAAGGCUGGGUUCCUGUAUACACCGAUUUAGAUCAAAAACUUGCUGUGAUGUCGAUUGGGUUUCUAUUAAAUAAUCGGAAUAGUGCCGUGGUGUGGAGGGGGCCAAAAAAAACCGGGAUGGUGCGGCAAUUUUUGAACGAUGUUUAUUGGGGCGAAUUGGAUUAUUUAAUUAUUGAUACACCACCGGGAACUUCCGAUGAACAUAUAACGGUCAUGGAAAAUCUCCGAACGUUAAAAUGUAAUGGUGCAGUUAUCGUAACAUCCCCCCAAGAAGUUGCAAUUGAAGAUGUGAGAAAAGAGAUAUCGUUUUGCAAAAAAACCGGGAUCCCUAUUAUCGGAAUCAUUGAAAAUAUGAGCGGAUUCGUUUGCCCCAAUUGUACGGAAUGCACCAAUAUUUUUAGUACAGGGGGUGGAAAAGCGUUAGCUGAAAUCGUUCAAGUUCCAUAUUUAGGAUCGUUACCGAUUGACCCAAAAAUGAGUGACUUACUCGGAAAAUCUUGCGUGAUUGAACAUCCAAAUUCAAAAACAUCUAUUGCUUUUAACUCAAUUGUUGAUGAAAUUGUUAAAUGUUAAUUAAUUAAUAAAUAUUUAAAAAAAAUUUUUUGAGGGUAGAA